AUGACUCAAGGAUUGAUGCUAAAAGCCUGUACAUUUUAUACUGGACACUUAGUAAAGACCCACUUUUGCACUUGGAGAGAUAUAGCAAUACCUUGUACAAAUGAAGAUAACAAUCUGGCUGAAAAAAUGGAAAAAGCAAUGAAAUGUGACAAUUUCAGACUUCAAAAAUACAUAUUUCAUCAUUGGCACUCUUAUGUGAAAGGUAAAAAAGAACAACUUAAAGGUAAACUGUCGUGGAUCCAGCAGAUGUUCCACUGUUACAGGCUAAUAAUUAUCCUAAAUAAAUGGAGAGAUAAAGCAAGACAUAAGCAUAGGAAGAGAGUUGAUGAGCUGGUGUUAAAACAUGAACUUCAACUGAAAAAAUGGAAAAGGAAGUUAAAAGUCAAGGUAGAAGAAAAAUCCAUUUCUCCUGAACAAAAUCUCUCUGAAGUUUCUCUUGUAGGUGACGUUCCUGAAUGUGACAUUUCAGUGUUACUGGAAAGAGCAGUAUCACAGAUUUUCAUCCACCUCAGUUUAAGAGAUGUGAUAAUAUGUGGUCACGUUAGUCACUUCUGGUUGUCAAUGACACAAAUAAGAUCCUUGUGGAAUGACAUUGAUUUUUCCACAAUAAAAAACAUGGUCACAGCUAAAUAUAUAGUGUCUGCUUUGCAAAGGUGGCGUCUGAAUGUACUUUGCUUGAAUUUUCGUGUUUGUCCUCUCCCACUGAAAACUCUGAGAUAUGUCAGUCUCUGUAGAAAUUCGCAAGAGCUGAACAUCUCUGACUGCCCAAUACUCACGGAUGAAUCGAUGAUAAUCUCUGAGGGCUGUUGUGGACUCCUGUAUCUCACUAACACAACUAUCACCAACCAGACGAUGAGACUCCUGCCGAGGUACUUCUACAAUUUACAAAAUUUUAGUUUGGCUUAUUGCAGAAAGUACAAAGGUUUACGGUACCUGAAUUUAGAGCUCAUCUAUUUGGACAUUUCCAGCUGCAUCCAGAUUUCAGUCCAAGGCUUCAAGAACAUUGCAAACAGCUGCACUGGAAUUAUGCAUCUGAGCAUCAAUGACAUGCCAACUCUGAUGGACACCUGUGUAAAAGCUUUAGUUAAAAAAUGCCCUCAUAUUACAUCGAUAGUUUUCACUGGUGCACCACAUAUCUGUGCUUUCAAAGCUCAUUCUACUUGUAAGCUCAGAAAGAUCUGAUUUGAAGGAAAUAAAAGGAUUACUGAUGCAUGCUUCAAAUUUAUAGACAAGAAUUAUCCAAAUAUUAGUCAUAUAUACGUGGCAGACUGCAAGGGAAUAACAGAUGGUAGCCUCAAGUCACCUUCACCUUUGAAACAACUGACCAGACCGAAUUUGGCAAACUGUGUAAGCUACUUGAGUUUAUGAAAUUGUGAACAUUUGACUGACCUAGGAAUUGCAUAUAUUGUAAACAUCUUUUCCUUGGUAUCACUAGAUCUCUCCGGAACAGACAUCUCUGAUGAGAGUUUGAUGAUACUUUCCAGACAUAAAAAAUUAAAGGAACUCUCUCUAUCUGAGUGUUAUAAAAUCACCGAUGUUGGAAUUCAGGCAUUCUGCAAAGGUUCACUAAUCUUGGAACACUGGGAUGUCUCUUAUUGCCCCCAGUUGUCAGAUGAGAUUAUUCAAGUACCGGCCAUUUAUUGAAUUAACAUCACAUCUCUCAGCAUUGCUGGUUGUCCAAAGAUUACUGACUCAGUGAUGGAGAUGUUAUCAGCAAAAUGCCAUUACCUGCACAUUUUGGGUAUUUCUGGUUGUGUGCUGCUUACUGACCAAAUGCUUGAGGACCUUCAGAUAGGCUGCAAACAACUCCAGAUCCUUAAGAUGAAUUACUGCAGACUUAUUUCCAAGGAGGCAGCUAAGAGAAUGUCAUCUAAAGUCCAGCAGCAGGAGUGCAGCCCUAAUGACCCUCCACUUUGGUUGGGCUAUGAGUGUGAAGGCAAGCCUCUUACAGAGCAAGAUGGUAUAACACCACUUGGGGAAGAUUUAGAAUUGACAGUGUAACAGUCCACAUAUAGUAGUGAAGAGGAAGUAGUAUGACCUUCAGCCUUAAGGAGGAAGAACAAAAAACCUAGAACUUGGCAACUUCAUUUGACACAAGUAUUUUUACUAGCUGGAUCUCAACAGUGUAAACAAGCAGCAAAUCAUUUCCUAAUUCUUAUUCCCACUACAAAUGUUACUAAAUACAUCAUUAGUUCUUCUAAUAAUCAUGAUUUAAAAAAAUGCC